AUGGUGGAAGAAACCAUCAAUGUCGUCCGAGAAGGCAACUUUAGUGGGGGGUACAAUUUGAAAAAUGGGUGGGGUGAUGCGGGGUAUGGGGGGUUCGUUGGAGCUAUGGCGAUGCAGGGAUUGCUAGCCUACUAUUACGACAUUGUGAAGCCCAACGUGGCUGUGGAACUCAAUCAGUGCAGGUUCAAUCAUAUGGGGAUGGAUGUACGAUAUCGACACCCGCCAAACUUUAUUUCAAGAAAGAAACGAAAGAUUGGGAGAUGCCGCAACAACAGAGAGUUCUGCGAAGACUGCAUGAUAACCAAUGUAAGCUCGAUCUACAAUGUUCAUUUUACACAAUGCAGAAAACCGUGGAAUUGCAUUGGAGUUGGCCAUGGCGGCGGUCGUAUCCCGGGGCAAAAGCCUGCUAGUGCUAUAGAUACUAAUGCUGGGAACUUUGACCAUUGCAUGGAGCUUGUCACACGAUGGCACCUUAUUCGUGCGGACCUUGAACGCGAGAUUGAAAUCUUUACAGGAGACUCUUCGGUCUACGGUGGGGCAAUGGGGCAGCACAAGAAGCAUAUCUUUCAAGGGCACUGCACUGGAGAGGGCGGGGGCAACUAUACUCGAAUCCACGGCAUCCCAGGUGAAGAGUUGUAUAUUUAG